AUGCACAAUCUGUCGGACCCGCGUGUCCUUGGCUCCUUGCAGCCCUUCUCAGCCAGCAGAGUUGCGGACGGCGCAUUUGGAUCGCUGCUGUCCGGACACUCGGCGCUCCCGUCAGCCGCCUUCCCUGCACGCGGAUCUCUUCUCCGUUUGGCGCAAAGCGGCGCCACUUUCGACUCCGGAGCCGCAACCCUGACCCACACGUCGCCGGUAGCCGCCGUUCAGUCCGCGCAUCCCGCGGCGCCCAAACUGUCGGAGACGGAGGACAUGACUGAGGAUGACCCCAAAGUCCAUUUAGAGGGAAGGGAUCUUUGGCAACAGUUCCAUAAGUUCGGCACGGAAAUGGUCAUCACCAAGUCGGGAAGGCGCAUGUUCCCGCCGUUCAGGGUGAGGUGUGCGGGCUUGGACAGGCGAGCCCGGUACAUGUUGCUGAUGGAUGUCGUGGCGGCGGACGAGUGUCGCUAUAAGUUUCAUAACUCCCGCUGGGUGGUGGCGGGGAAAGCAGACCCUGAGAUGCCCAAACGGAUGUAUAUCCAUCCGGACGGCCCGGCCACGGGAGAGCAGUGGAUGUCCAAAGUGGUCAACUUCCACAAGCUAAAACUCACCAACAACAUAUCCGACAAGCACGGAUUCACAAUUCUCAACUCGAUGCAUAAAUACCAGCCGAGGUUUCAUGUGGUGAAGGCCAACGACAUGGUGAAGCUGCCCUACAGCACUUUUAGGACUUACGUGUUUGCGGAGACCGAGUUCAUCGCGGUGACCGCCUAUCAGAACGAGAAGAUCACACAGCUGAAAAUAGACAACAAUCCCUUCGCUAAGGGAUUUCGUGACACUGGCAACGGCAGAAGAGAAAAGAGGAAACUGCAGCAUCCAUCACAAAAGUCAAAAGAGAUGCAUAUGAAUGGCAUAAAAGCUGAACCACUGUUGGCAGAAUAUUCAGUGAUGGCCUGUAUAAAAGAAGCACAUGAAAGUGACAGCGGUCAAGAUGGAGACAAUGAUGACAAUUCAAGACAAGACUCUGGAGAAUCUUUCAGCCCCAAGAAGACAAAAGCCAGGACAGAUUUGGCCAUCCAUUUCACCGCUGAGCGGCACUGCGUCGUCUGCGCCUUUUACUACGUCACAUCUGUGCGACGCAGUCUCAGCUCUCUAUGA